CAUCAAUACACCACUCCAUGGUUACAAAUCAAAAUUAUGAAGGGACUUGGACCCGGUACUACUAGUACUGUCGAGCGACGAACGAUACCCAAGUUCAGACGAGUUGCUCGCGUGGCUUCCGUACGAGCCUGCUUCGUCGAAAUCGUCUGCGGCAGCGUGCCACGCCGAUCGUUGACUGGCCAAGGGACUCUUUCUCUGCAAUGACAACAUGAACGCAUCGAAUGCAGUGUGGUUUUGCAUCGUCGAGAGCUCGGACAAGUCAGCGGUCGGUGAGUCGGGGAGAUGGGACCGUGACGAAAGGGUGGACUGCUCGUGGAACCUCAAGCUCGUUGAGCCCGACCUGGACGUCGCGUGGGGCACAAAGACACCUUGAGGUGCCAUACGCAUGUCAUCUUCGUCGAUGCUGGCGAGUCCGUGCUGGCGGCGGCGUCGCCGUUGCACAAACACAAACGCGACCAUGCCACACACCACGACCGCCGCGAGAACUGAGCCCAGCGUGGUAAACAAGGACGAAUUCGACGACGGCGAUGCACUGAAAGUAACGAUGGAUUCAGGAGCUGUCGACGGGGACGCAGGGGAAAGUUGCACGCUGGUUGGGGGUGCAGUGUCGAAUUUGCCGUUUUCACGUGGACCUAAUGGGGUCAAGGUCAGCACAGGAGUAGCAGGAACGGUUUUAAUCCCGAUCGAACCCCCCGUCGAAAGACCUUCAUUAGGGGUCGACCCGGACGUGGGGGAAGCUCGCACGGAACUUGGGGUUACGAUGGGGAUGCUGUUCGAUGACGAAGCAGGCGGCGGGGAUGUUGGUGGUUCUUCCGACGGAACCUCCGUUGGUUGAUCCUCCGACGAGGGUGGCGUAGGUGUGUCGGGUUGGGACGUUGACGAAGCUGGGCGAGGACUCGUUGAAGGAGAUGGGGAUGGGGUCGAUUCUGAAGGACUUGGUGGAGCUACUGGAGGCUCCGUCACGGGAACCACGGGCGACGAAGGCGGCGGCAGCGAUGGUGGUGGUGUCU